AUGCUCUUUUUUCUUUUUCUUUUUAUUGUGCUUGCUUUUUUUUUGUUCUUUCUUUAUUAAUUUAGCUCAUCAUUUUAUUUUCAACUUUAGCUUUUAUUAUUUAUUUCUUAUUAUUUCAUAUUUUUUCUUCAUUUUUUCCUUCUAAUUAACUAUUUAAAGAUAUAUUUUUUCUUCAAUAUUUAAAAAAGGUCUAAUUAAAUUGGUGCAAUUGGUGCAUCAGGCUUAGGUUUUGCUUUAGCAAAUUGCAUUAAUCUCUCAAAUUUAACACUUGACCUUGGUAACAAUUAAAUUGGUGAUAAAGGUGCAUCAGACUUAGGUUCUGCUUUAACAAAUUGCAUUAAUCUCUCAAAUUUCACUCUUUACCUUUCCUCAAUGAAUGAAUCAUAAUAAUUCAAAGUAAUAAGCGAGUGUCUUAAAUCAAAAAGAUUAGUUGUCUUUAAUAUUGAUUUCUAUUGA